UCAGUACGUGCGAGUGAUCCGAGUAAUCAAAUAGUUAAAAAUCACAAAUUAUGUGAUUAUCCACAUGUUCAUGCGUUUAACAAAGGCCAUGAAGAAAGGUACACAAACCAAUCCAUGUGACAAAAAAAUCACACGUUAGGUGUGUAUUUAAAAUUUAGAACCAUCACUUUCAACAUCUUUGUAUAAAUAAGUCUCAUCAAGAACAUAUAUAACCCAUGCCUCUAUUUCCACAUCAGAAGCAAAAGACAACAAAAAAACAGAGGAUUUUUUUUUAAUACAAUAAUAUUAUACGGUAUAUAUGGAUCUGGAAAAUGGCAAGAAGAACAGUGAAGCGAGUGUGUUUCGAAUGCCUCUUCAUUACCCAAGAUACUCUAAAGAAGAUUACCAAGACAUGCCAGAGUGGAAGCUCGACAGGGUUCUAGCAGAUUACGGUUUGUCUACUUACGGUGACUUGGCUCACAAGCGAGACUUUGCUAUUGGAGCUUUUCUCUGGAUUUCGACUCGUAAUCCAAAGCUUUAUCAAGACAAGGCCAUUAACUCCAAACUCAAGAAAGCUACAAAAUCAGCUCAUGCGUAAGGUUUUUACUACUACUACUACCUAAGUUAGGUGUUUGCAAUAAAAAGUCUAUGUUAAUGCUUACAAAAAUGAUGUAAUAAAGAUAAACAUGUAAAUCAGGAGUUUCGUAUAGCAAUGUUUGGAAGCAGUUAAUAUCA